AUGUUCCGAGCCCCGAGCCAAAACAGCUGGUACUGGCGCAUGAUCGAAAAGAUCUACGCCAUACCGGUACCUGCUCCCCGUAAACGCACCAAACCCAUGGAAGUGAUAUGUGUCGGCAUGCCUCGCUCCGGCACAGAAUCCCUUCAGCAGGCCCUUCUCAUACUCGGCUACGACUACACCUUCCACGGCUGGGAUCUGGGGUUUGAGGAAGAGAUGCGUCUGCCGGGCUGGACGGCGCUGCUACGAAGGAAGUGGUACGGCGACGACUCGGGAACAGCGAGCAUCAGCGCCGAGGACUUCGAUGCUCUUUUGGGGCACUCUGUUGCUGUUACGGACGCGGCGGCUAGUUUUUUUUGCCGUGGAGCUGAUUGA